AUGGACAACGACAAUAGCAUCUCUUUAUACUGUGGAAAUCGCUGUGGUUCUGGCCGACUGAUGUUCCGAACUGAACUGCAGGGAUGCGGCUGUCGUCAAGUUAAUAGCUGGGAAUCGAACGCACACGAUUUGAACUGCAGAGAGAACACUGGAGGGCCGAGUCGCGUCGCCACCGCAAACAACCGAGGGCAUCCCCGGAGCGUCGGCGCUAGUGGAGACUCGGACCCGGCGCCAGUGGAGUCACGACCCUCCGCGCCCGAGCCCAGCAAAGUGCUCCUCGUGCACGGGCUGGAUCGCGUACCCGUCAAUUGCGACCGGGUGUUCAACCUGUUCUGCCUGUACGGGAAUGUGACGACGGUGAAGAUCCUGAGGGACGACAAGGUGCUCGUCGAGCUGGAGGACGCGGAAGCCGCCAGACGGUGCGUGUCCAACUUGCACAUGCUCCAGCUGGACGACGAGGUCCACAUGAAAGUCAAGUAUUCCAAGCAUAAUUUUAUCCACGAUCAAGUCAAUUUUAACAAACUGGCUGACGGUACACCUGCUCAAAAAGUUUACUUAUCGAGCACAUUGAACAGAUUUAUCCCAAACGUAUCGAGUCCGGACAAACGUCGUAUCGCAGCUCCAUCCAAAAUUUUACAUUUUUUUAACGCGCCGACCGACGUUUGUGGCAUAGCAGUUCACAGAGCCGUAUCGGACGCCCUUUGUCGUACGGACGCAAUACGUUCCAUAACUAUCCUCCCCAAAAAACCGAAAGCCAAGUGUUCGACGGGUUUGAUCGAAUUGAAGAGUAUGGCGCUGGCCGCGAGGACCGUUUUACUGUCGAACCACAUGACGAUUGAAUCGACAGUGUCUAGAUUUCCGUUUUUGACGAAACUGUGUUUUUCGAAAUGGUCCGAGAUCGAGGAGAAAGCUGGUGACUUGGCGACGUUGCGGUUCUGCUCGGUGCCGCGCACGCCGUGGCUGCUGCACAAGUCCGAACACGGUGUACCGACGACGGAGUUUCCGAUUUCGUGCACGACCGUGGUGAACGGCUGUGGCGGUGGCGACUGUGCGUGGACUUUGUGGGUGCUGAACGGCGCUCAGAAGCAGUGGCCGCACCAGGAGCGGGAGAGGAAGGAGCAGGAACCGGAAACGGAGCGGGAUGAGGAACGUGAGCAGCAGAUGGCGCCACCACCGGCUGAAGAGUCGGAAGAGUCGGAGUCGGCGGUCGGGACAGACGCAGAAAUCGUCCACGACCAGCCGCACACGUGCACGUCGGCCCCGAUGGACCGCCGCGAACCGAUUGUCGCCGACGACGACGACUCGGUGGUCGUGGACCUCAUCGGCAUGUUGAGGAACUGUCUGUGUGACAUCAGCAACGACCGAGGAGACGUCUUGUGCGGUGCGGCGGCGAUGCGGACCGAACACGAUAACGCUGACGUCGUGACCGCUGCUGCUGCUGCCGCCGACGUCGCGAGUCAAACGGGCCCGCUGGGUGACGCCUAA